UCGUUUUUAUCACCAUUCGUCUUUUGAAAUCCAAAAUCGUCGGAUGGUAAAAAUUUGACGGACGGCUAAGAUUGAAUUAAACGGGAUUCGCGUCGGAGUUAUUGAGCCACCUUUUUGUUUUCUUGUGGCAGCCAAACGGAAAAGCGUUGAAUUGAUUUGCUAUACUUUCGCGAAAAGCAUCGCUCCGGCGGGCGUGUGUGUGGGUGUGAUCAAACAUAAAUAACGUGCAAUUACGGCAAAACAAAAAUGUGCAAUUUAAAUGCUGCUAAAUAAUUAGAGGAAUCUCUUUGAUUUGUGUGUUUACAAAUAAAUCGGCAAAUGAAUGUGCGAAAGAAUCUCAAUGAACAGUCAAAAAUUGAAUGAAAAGUCGCAGUGAAAAUUGAAAGCAAGGAGGAAACGCAAGGAAAGCUGAUAGUUGAAGGAUAUGCCUCAAAGCUGAUCGAUUGACCGAGUGAAUGAUUGCGCUGCCAGUGGGUUAAAUGCUACAAAAUGUCGGCCAAGCACAUCGAGCAGUAUACGAAUCCCUCCUUCGAGCAGGAAUCAGAUCCACCGCCUCCCCCCGGGGGCGUGGCAGAUGUGGGAGCAGGCACCGCCAGCAGCAGCAGCAAUAGCAACAAUGCCAACGAUGCCGGCACGGCAAAUCGCAAAGGUCACAGGCGGCAGGAAUCGAUGUACCAGAUGACCGGCCUCUACUCGGAGACGAAUAGCGGCGACGACAGCAGUAUAGAUGCGGCCCUUGACGGCCAGGAUAAUCAGCCCCAUGCCACGUCCUACUUGGCAGGAGAUCAGCUGGGCGGAGGAGCAGGAGCAGGUGGAGCGUCAGUGGGCGUGGACAGCGUGACGGUCAAGUGUCACAGCCGGCAGGCGUCGGCGGGCAAGUGCCCGGCCGAUCCGGAGGAGGACUUCGACGAGGAGCAGUUCCGCUCGGGCGAUUGCGGCAUCCUCAACUGCCGACCGUAUGGAAUCCAGCGAUUUGCCCGCAUCAAGAUCUUCGUGCUGCUGCUCUCGCUGCUCGUGAUGAUGCAGCAGGCCCUCAGCUCGGGCUACAUCAACUCGGUGAUCACCACGAUCGAGAAGCGCUUCGAGAUUCCCUCCAGCUACUCCGGCCUGAUAGCCUCCAGCUACGAGAUUGGCAACGUGAUCACCGUGAUCUUCGUUAGCUACCUGGGCAGCAGGCGUCACAUUCCCGUGUGGAUUGGCAUCGGAGCGGUGAUCAUGGGCAUUGGGUCGCUGGUCUUCAUGGUGCCCCAUUUCACGGGGGAGCCCAAUCCCGGCAUUGCGAUCGUCAACAAGACCAGCGAUAACAUUUGCAAGAGUGCCUUGGUCAGGAAUCAGGACAUGGACCUGGGUCGCCUGUCCAGCGGACUGUCUAACCAGCCGCUGGCGCCGCACACGCUGCGCGAGGACAACUGCUUGGAGGGCAAGGCCUCCACCACGGGACCCGUGCUGCUCUUCGUGCUCGCCCAGCUGCUCCUCGGCUGCGGCGGCAGUCCGCUCUUCACCCUGGGCACCACCUACAUUGACGAUCACGUGCGGACGGAGAGCUCCUCGAUGUACAUCGGCUGCAUGUACAGCAUGGGAGCGUUUGGACCGGUGGUGGGAUUCCUGCUCGGCGCCUACCUGCUAUCCUUCCACAUGGACUCACUAUCAUCUACUACCAUUUCGAUCACUCCCGGCGACCGACGUUGGGUGGGAAUGUGGUGGGGAGGUUUCCUGCUGUGCGGCGUCAUUCUGCUGGUGGUGGCCGUGCCCUUCUUUUCCUUCCCCAAGGUUCUGGCCCGCGAAAAGAAGAAAAUCCGCAAGAGCAGCGUGGUGCAGCCAGUACUGCCAAACAACUCGGGAGCCACGGCGGCGACGGAUGAGAUGGGCAAGGUGAAGAAACUGGAAAUCGUGGCCGUGACCAGCAAGGAGGACCAGCCGCCGCCCAAGGUGGACACGGGCUACGGCAAGGACAUCAAGGACAUUCCGCAGUCUAUGCUGCGCCUGGUGAAAAAUCCAGUAUACAUUGUAACCUGCCUGGGUGCCUGCAUGGAACUGAUGAUCGUCUCCGGCUUCGUGGUCUUCCUGCCCAAGUACCUGGAGACGCAGUUCAGCCUGGGCAAGAGCCAGGCCAACAUCUUCACCGGUUCGAUCGCCGUUCCAGGGGCCUGCAUUGGCAUCUUCCUCGGCGGCUGCAUCCUGAAACGGUUCCAACUGAAGCCCAAGGGCGCCGUCCAAUUCGUCCUGAUCACCAAUGUCAUCUGCCUGGCCUGCUAUGCGAUGCUAUUCUUCCUCGGUUGCGACAACCUAAAGAUGGCCGGGACCACGAUUCCGUAUUACACUAGUAAUAAGCAUGGAUCUACGUUGGAGCAGCCCUUCCAGGUGAACCUCACGGCGGCCUGCAACUUUGGCUGCGAGUGCCUGACCAGCGAGGUGGAACCGGUGUGCGGCAACAAUGGACUCACCUACUUUAGUCCCUGCCACGCCGGCUGCACGGCCUUCUCAUCCACAUCCAGCACCAACUACACCAACUGCGCAUGUGUUCACGCCAACAUCUCGAGCAGCAUUUAUCGGGGCGCUGGAGGCAGCCAGGCGCAGGCGCUCAGUGCCAACGAGAACUUCGCCGAGGUGACCGUGGUGCCGGUGGCCACCGCGGGUCCAUGUGCCACACCGUGCCGCACCAUCUUCCCGUUCCUCAUACUCCUGUUCUUCAUGACCUUUGUGGUGGCCUCCACUCAGAUGCCGCUGCUCAUGAUCGUACUGCGAUCGGUGUCCGAGGAGGAGCGCUCCUUUGCUUUGGGCAUGCAGUUUGUGAUCUUUCGACUGUUUGGUUACAUUCCGGCUCCCAUUCUCUUUGGAAACCUCAUCGAUUCUACUUGCCUUCUGUGGAAGUCGUCCUGCGGCGAGAAGGGCGGUCGCUGUCUCAUUUACGAUAUUGAAAAGUUUCGAUACAAAUACGUUGGUCUCUGUGCGUCUGUAAAGCUGGUGGCCUUGUUUAUCUUUAUGGUGGAUUGGUGGUUGGUGCGAAGGCGCAAGCAGCUUGAGAAAAUGAAGCCCUUGAACGCAAGCGAUCCAAUCAUCGGUUCCAUCAUUAGCUUGGACAAAUUAUUUGAAGAAAAACUUUCUGGCGCAGAGCCGUCGACUGCAUUUGUUGGAGGCGGAGGAGAGCUUAUCAUACCCACAGAAAUACUUCGUCAUUCCCGAAACGAUUCACGAACCAUGCAGAUGGAUUACUGCUACGACAAAUGCGGUCAUGUGGUGACACCUGCAAACACCUGCAACCAGCCGCAGACCAAGUCGAAGAAACACUUCCGCAGCGCCUCGUGUGACGUGAAGAUGAUCAAGAGCUUUGCUCGGGAUCACAACUCUUCCAGCGGACCGGCGGACGCGGCUGGUCAGGAUGCUAGUGGUGCGAGCAGCAAGUACAAGAAUCUCAAGAAGUUCCAGGCGCACACGCGCAAUCACUCGACCGAUCUGAACAACCCCAGCCAACCCAUUCGCUAUAUUCAGAACCAGCUGAGGCCGCAGGACUGUGCCGAAGAGGACGAUGACGAGGAGCUGACCACCGGCUGUGGUCACUUUGUCAAGAAGCAUUCGCGGAACCACAGCUACGACCAAAUCUACAUGCCCAACAACAUACGCUUCGAUGCCGACUUCCUGCGACAUCCCCAUGCUCACCACAAUCCCAAGAAGAAUGUGAAUGUCCUGAAGAACGUAGUUACGGAUGUGGGCAAGCUAAAGAACUCGAAUGAAACGGAAACCGGUGGAUCAGGAUCUCGUGGUCAUUCCCGCAACAACUCGAAGGACUUGAACACCAAAAUUUCCAGUGGAACUCCCGCAAACAACGCUGCUGGGCUGGUGGCUCCGGAAACCAGUGCCACGGGUCUAAGUGUGCUGCGACAUCGGCGCACCAAUUCCAAGGAUCUGAAUUACCAAACGCUGCCGGAGGCUGCUCCCGCCAGCAGCUCCUUGGCAGGACACCCUCAUCCACAGCACACGCGGAACACGUCGCACCACAAGAUUCAGAUCGAUGACGAUCGGAACGAGCUCAUCAACGACAACGAUGACGAAGAGGAAGAGCGCUCCAAUUGUGCUUAGUUUUACGUGAAGUAGCUUUAAGCUAGGCUUAUCGGUUCGAGGCAGCAGCAGCAGCA